UAUAAGAUGAUCGCGGCACCAGCUGAGUCAGUCAUUCUUUCGCAGUCUGCGACAACAUCAGGAUCAUUCGGUCUUUACGCGAUUACAGUGGUGACAUAUAAAUAAUUAGCAAUAAUAUACAUAAGCAUUACGAUUUCUCGGUUUUUCCGCGUUGACUUGCUUCACCGACUAGAUACAAUUAGAAAGAUGGAUAGCAAGAUCUUCGCGCUGGUUGCCCUCGUUGCUGUUCUAGGAUCCUUUACGGAGGCUCGAUCCGCCUUUGGUUAUCCUUAUGGAAACGGAGGACUACGCGUCGAUAGACCACCGGCCCGUUUUGCCGCAAUGUCCAGGUUGAAGCGAGAAAUCGAUGAUUCGAAUGGUGAGAGCACCACCAAACCCACUACUACUCAAGAAACUACAACGACCUCCUCGACAACAGAACCCACAACCACACCAUCAUCCACCACACCAUCAUCGACCACACCGUCAUCGACCACACCAUCAUCAACCACACCAUCAUCAACUACACCUCCAACGUCGCCUACAACCCCGACUACCGAACCAACCACAGAGGCGACGUCUCCCACAACCACUCCAACUUCCACCUCCGCCAGUACUACUCCUGUCACUACUCCAACAACUCCGUCCACUACGCCAACGACUAGCACAACUCCAGAAAGUACGACGAAGAGCGACAUUCAGUCACGCUCGAAUAACGAUGAACCCGAACCUGAAGACUCCACUAAGAAACCUGAACCAUCGUCUAAGGACGACAAAGCGCCAACUCCUGGACCGUACUUUGGCGCUCCUGGAUUCGGACCCGGAUUUGGACCUGGAUUCGGAUCUGGUUUUGGCGGUUAUGGUUCAGGUUUCGAUCCCUAUUUCGGUUAUCCCGGAUUAAACAAUGCACCACCUUAUAACCCGAAUUAUGCAUGGACCGGUACAAACAACGGGCCAGGAUUCGCGUCUGCAGGCGCGUCCGCCGGAAGUUUUGGAUAUCCGACGUAUCCGACGUAUCCGACAUAUCCGACAUAUCCGACAAUGGGAUAUCCAACAAUGGCAUAUCCAACAAUGGGCUAUCCGACGAUGGAAUCAUUUCCUACGAUGGCCUCACCGAUGGGAUCACCGUCUCUCGAUAAUCGAGGAGGAUUUCAGGAUAACUCACCGAACCAGGAUAAUUCACUAAAGGAUAACUCGCCUCAGAAGGGAUACAAUUUCGGCGGAGAUCCGUUGUAUAAUGCAGGACCCGGAUUCUUUUAUCCAGGACAAUUUCCCAAUUUUAAUGAUCCCUCACUUGAUAUGUUCAAACAAAUUCAAGCGCAGAUCGAGGCGCAACAUCAGGCCAACAUGGAUUUCCACAAUCGUUUGGCCAGCGAAGCCGCUAAAUACGGUGGCGGAAAUUACGGUGGCGGGAAUUACGGCGGCGACGGGAAUUACGGCAGUGGCGUACCGCAGGUUGCGAGCGCCAGCAUUGGCUUAGGUCCAUACGGUGGUUACCAGAGUGGCCAAAUCAAUCCUGCUGCUCCAGGAAUAGAAUCCAGAUUUGCUGAUGAUCUUCCCGCGCCAUCGGGUAACAGCUACGGAGUAUUUGCUAGUUCUAGCUCCUCCAGCGUGACCGGUCCGGAUGGCAAGCCGAUUAAUCAUAAGUCUUCGAUUACUGGCGUUAAUGACAACGGAAGAGUUUCUUUCCGCACUGUGCAUGAUUAAUUAAAUUAAUCGCUCAUAA